AUUACACAGAACAGCUCUGGGGGCUGCUGAAGUCCAGAAUGAAGCAAAGAGCAGCAGAAGCAAGUGCUGCAGUGGGAGCGGAGGAGCCCAAGCAUCGCCGAGAGCCGGAGCCAGCCGUCGUCCCCACCGGGAACAACCAGGGGCACGCAGGGGAUCCUGCAGCCCCGUCCCCCCCGGGAGACAGCCUCUGGCACGGCUACCGAGCUCGCUGCCAUCUCCUCUGCAGCCAGCCCCAGGCGAGGAGAGGGGAAGGGACUGGUGGUCCCGGGGACGCAGGGUUAAACUCAGCCCUCCUGCGGGCUGGGCGGGAGGGCAGCGGAGCCAGCCCUGCCAUGGUCCCGGGGGGCUAGGAGCCCGAGCGGAUCCACCGGGAAGGCGUGAAGGAUGGCUGCCGAAGGAGGGGGAGCCAAGCCCGUCGCCCAGUCCAGGAUGGAGAACUUCCGAAAGGUGAGGACCUCGGAGGAGGAAAGCCCCUUGCCCUUCCCCGACCUGCCCCCAGACGUGGUGGAGAUGAAGGUGAAGGAAGGCAGCAAGAUCAGGAACCUGAUGAACUUCGCCAUGGCCCAGAUGGAGCUGAAGGGCAGCCGUCAGAUCGUCUUCAGCGGUUGCGGCAGGGCGGUCACCAAGACCAUCACCUGCGUGGAGAUCAUGAAGCGGAAGCUGGGAGGUCUUCACCAGGUCACCAAGGUACGCUACAAAACCUUGCUGGAGGUCUGGGAGAACCAGGACCCUCUGCCCGGUGGUCCAGCACAGAACCUGACCGUCCAUAAGAAUGUCCCCUCCAUCUGCAUCCUGCUCUCCCGAGACCCCCUGGAUCCCAACCAGACGGGCUACCAGCCCCCGGAGCCCCGGCACGGGCUGGGGACGCAGCUCGGCGAGGCAGGAGAAGACACGUCGGGCUCCACCGCCAAGGGGCUGAAGCGGCCCCUGCCACCUCCCCGCGAGGAGCUGCUGACCAAGAAGUUGCAGGUACAGGUACCCGACAGCCCGAGGGGCUCGGGGACCACCGACCGCCAGCCGGACCACCACCACUGACCCCACCACCUCCUGCCCCAACCAGCCGUACGCCGGGUAUAUAUAGGCAGGAAUCUGCCCUCUAUAUGGGCAGGAGAUUGUACGCUGGAGAAACUCUGAGGGUUUUUUAGCUGCUUUGCUUGGAUAAAGGCAGCGCGAAGCCUGUGUCACGCUUGCUCCGGGUUCACUGGCGCGCUGCAGGCUCCCCGCAACGCAUCCCCACUCGCUGCCGCUGCUCCAGAUGACCCCCGUGCAUGGGGGCUUGCUGCUGGGGGGGGGUACCUUGUCCCCAGAUUUGGGGUGAGGGCUGAAGGGUUAAACCUGCCAGCUCUCGGUUAUGGACUGAGGCAGGGGAGGAUGUGUUGGGGGCAGCUGCUGACCCCAUAUUCAGCCACCGAGGGGCAACGCUACCACCAGCCACGUUUCUGCAGUGACUCCCACGGAGCCGGAGCACCCGUUGCCUUUCAUCGAGGGGUGUCCAGACCAGGGAAGGUGGCUGCACAUCAUCGCUCCCCAUUGCUACAUCUCAGCCAUCAGGAGAGACGGUUUUGCCCCAAGCCCAUUGGAGUAAUACCUUCAUUAUCAAAACCGCUGCAAUUAUGCCCGGCGAGGAGCUGUCAGGUUUAUUAAUGCUGGGCUCAGCGCCCCACGGCACCGUGAUUCAUCCCGAAUAAAACACACAAACAAGCAGACGGGUCGCUCCCUCUCCGCGCCCGCAGAGCCGAGCGCUGCGCUGCCUGCCUGCGGGACACCAGAAGAAAAUAAAACAACCCUUUUUCUUCUCCCUGCA